CUUUUGUGCCACUAGUAUUUGGCUGAUACUCAAAGAAAGAUCAAUUUUAUAUCAAAAUGGAAAAAACUCUUCUGUGUGUGUUGUUUUUUGUGACAAAUGUGUACAGUGAACCUAGGGUUGAUCCGUUGGUCUUGAUCAGCGGUCAAGGGUUAGUCAGGGGUCACAGAGCGACUGAUGGAGAUUAUUCCAAGUUUUUAGGAGUACCAUAUGCUCAAGUGGACCCAGAAGAUCCUUUCGGCCCGUCACAAACACGACAACCAUUUCAAGAGUUAAUCUUCAACGCCAAAGAUGGAUCAAUCAAAUGCCCACAAAUGGGUCCUUCAAGUAGUGAUACAGAAGUUAUUGAUUGCCUGGCCCUCAAUAUCUAUGUACCAUUCAGAGCGGGUGCCAUGGACCCUCUACCCGUACUGGUUUGGUUCCACGGCGGAGACUUCGUCAGAGGCAGUUCAGGAGAAUAUGGUGUCAAAAAUCUCGUCAGACAUGAUAUAGUUGUAGUUACCGUUAACUACCGUCUUGGGCCCUACGGUUUUAUGUGUCUUGACACUCCUACCGUACCUGGCAACCAAGGCUUGAAGGACCAAUAUGCAGCUCUUGCUUGGAUCAGGAAGAAUAUUGGGGCGUUCGGUGGUAAUCCCUAUAAUGUUACUAUAGCUGGUCAAGAUGCUGGAGCCGUCUCAGUAUUAUUACAUUUGUAUGCAGAUAACGACAAAUUGUUCCAUAAAGUUAUUGUCGAGAGUGGCACGCCUCAAACUGAAGGCAUGUUCGUUAACUCUGAUGCAAAUACUGCUAUCAUCUUAGCUGAGCAUUUAGGAUUCAAUACAACUAGUACUGAAGAAGCUCUGAACUUCCUCACUAACUCGCCUCAUAACUUAGUAACUGCUGCUGCAUAUGAGCUAAAUUUACAACUCAGGCCUUGCAAGGAGAAAUCGUUCAGUGGCGUUGAGAACUUUGUAGAAUACGAUCCCUACUCAUUAACAAACGAGAAGAAAGUGAAAAAUACGCCCGUACUCAUUGGUUUAACUAGCCAAGAACGUGACUCGCUCAGCAGUGAUUACUAUGAUUCUGAUCCGUUUUAUGAGAAAUUGAAAAACAAUUUCGAUAUCCAUGGAGAACAGUUAGAAAAAGCCGCUGCACUAGUGAGGCGUUUUUAUCUUGGUGAUAAAUCUGUAUCAGAGGAAGUAGCGACUGAAUUAGAGAAUUUCGAAUCAGACUUUGUGUACAAUCAUCCAUCAGAAAGAAUAAUGACAAGACUUUUGGAAGAGAAUGUUGGAUCCAGGAUGUAUGAAUAUUUGUUCAGUUAUGUUGGAGAUUCGAGUAAAGAAGGCGCUGGACAUUCGUCUGAACUUAAAUAUUUGUUCAAUUUACAAAAUGAAGAUACUGAAACAAGUGAAGAAGACCAGUUGAUAAUCGACCGCAUCACAACCUUGUGGGCCAACUUUGUCAAAUACGGAAACCCGACACCCCGAAAGACCGACCUCAUACCAGAGAGAUGGACUCCAGCCACUGCUUCCACCAGGCCAACCAUGAUCAUCGACACUGACAUCCGAAUGGAGAGCAGGAUUGAAAACCAGAGGAUGGCUUUCUGGGACCUCUUCUAUUCUAUGUAUGGAAGCUACAGCAAACUGGUUCGCGAAUGUGUCUUUACCGACUGCUGCUAAUUGUUACGAAAUGUAGUCUUUAUUUAUGGUAGUGUAUGUUAUAAAAUGAUUUAAUGGCCUAUAGAAUGUAAGAGGUGCCUCCCUUCCCACAAAUGACUUCCUAUAAAAUAAAAAAAUACGACAAAAGUGUGUGAGAACAUGUUGAUAUUAGAUUCUUUUGGUAAUUUUUUAAAGGGAUAUUGAAGAAAGGAUGCAAUGUUUACUAUAAAAUUAAAAUGUAUUUACUUAUUGUUAAAUAUGUUAUUGUUUUUUUUAUUUUUACUUGGAUUCCUCCUUGCCUACUACUACUUGUUAUGUUACCGCCACUGCGUGCCCCAGUUUUGUCAUAUUUAAGUUAAGUAUUGACCGUGUAAAUAUUGUACCUAAUUAAAUAUUUCUACACUU